UUUCAGAGAACUUACAACAAGAAUGAGCGGGACUAAGCUAUGUGCUCUACUAGGGGAGUUAGGUUACCAAGGGCACGAUGCAUUGGACCCAGACAGUUUCGAGUGGCCUUUCCAGUAUGAUGAUGCUCGGCCUAUUCUCGACUGGCUUUGCUCUAGUCUUCGUCCUUCUAAUGUUCUAUCAUCUUCUGAGGUUUCCCAGUAUGAGCAAUUUCUACGAGAAGGAAAGCUAUUAAUGGGAGAAGACUUGGACUUUGCUUAUGAUAGCAUAUCAGCCUUUUCAACCAGGAGAGAUAACCAAGAGGCAGUUUUUGGAUCUGAAGGACUGAAAGAUAUAAGGGAUGCUACAUCAGCAUAUAAAGCUGAGGCUCUGUCAUUGCAAAAUCAGCUUAGACAAUUGCAGACUCAAUAUGAUAUGCUCACUGGACAGGCUUCAACGCUGAUUCAAGGAAGAAGGGCACGAGUUGCCGCAACAUCUGCUGUGAAUGGACAAUUAACUAUGAUGGAUGAUAGACUAUCAGCCAGAAAUUUAGAGAUGAAUACUGUUCUCGGUAGGAUUGCCUCCACUGCUCAAGAGUUGGCGCAUUAUCAUUCAGGGGAAGAAGAUGAUAUUUACUUGGCUUAUUACGACUUUCAUUCAUACUUAACUGGGGAUGCAGCCUGCAUGAAGGAGCUGAAUCAAUGGUUUGUUAAACAAUUGGAUACGGGUCCCUAUCAACUUGUAGCUGAAGAGGGAAAAUCAAAAUGUUCAUGGUUGAGUCUUGAUGAUAUCUCAAGUAUCAUAGAGCGAGAUGCAGAGAAGCCACAUCAACGUGUAUCAGAACUGCAACGUCUUCGGUCUAUAUUUGGGACGAGUGAAAGACAGUGGGUUGAAGCACAGGUAGAGAAUGCUAAGCAACAAGCCAUUCUUAUGGCACUUAAAGCUCAAGUUGCAUCAGAUGAAGCUCACAUACAUCUUGAUCAUCAUUCCCUUCGGAGAAAAUAUGCUGAACUUGUGACAGAGCUCUCGAAUCUUCAUCACAAGGAAGAGAAAUUGUUAUCUGAGACUAUUCCUGAUCUUUGUUGGGAGUUGGCUCAGCUGCAGGACACUUAUAUUCUGCAAGGUGAUUAUGAUCUGAAGGUCAUGCGCCAGGAAUAUUAUAUCAAUCGUCAAAAAGUGUACAUAAAUCACCUGGUUAAUCAACUUGCACGCCAUCAAUUCUUGAAAAUAGCUUGUCUGUUAGAAAAGAAAACAAUACUUGGAGCAUACUAUUUGCUUAAAGUUAUUGAGUCAGAGCUGCAUGGUUACCUCUCAGCAACCAAAGGCCGAGUGGACCAUUCCUUGGCACUUAUUCAAGCUGCAUCGGAUGUACCAGAACAAGGGGCUGUGGAUGAUAGGGAUACUUUUUUGCAUGGUGUUAGAGACCUGUUGAGUAUCCAUUCAAGUGUGCAAGCUGGUUUGUCUACAUAUGUAUCUGCUCCGGGUAUUGUUCAACAGAUAUCCAGCCUUCAAUCAGAUUUGAUGAAUCUUCAGUCUGACCUUGAGAAUACUCUCCCCAAAGACCGGAAUAGAUGUAUUAAUGAUCUAUGCACUCUCAUUCAAAAUUUGCAGCAACUGCUAUUUUCAUCAUCAACAACUGCACAGCCCAUUCUGACACCUCGGGAAUUGAUGAAGGAGCUCGAUGAAAUGGAGAGAGUCAAUUCAAAUCUCUCUGCUGCAGUUGAAGAAGUAACACUUGAGCAUUGCAAGAAGAAUGAGAUCGUAAAACAUCAUUCCCAAGAAGUGGGGCUUCAGAGACGUGUUUUUGUUGAUUUCUUCUCAAAUCCCGAGCGUUUAAGGAAUCAAGUCAGGGAAUUGUCUGCUCGCGUAAGGGCUUUGCAGGCUUCAUAAUUCGAAAAUUCAUUCAUACUGGAUGGUGGUGCAUUUUGGGUUUUCCUUUUCAAAUGUAAAAGUAAUCAAUCAAAGAGAAUAUUUGUUAGUCAUAUUAAAGUAAGACUUUUUUUAUAUGCCAUAUGUAUUAUUAUUGAUUUGUGAAAGUAUAUUAUUGUCAUUUGCAAGACAAUAUUGGUUGGUUGGUUAAUAUGAAAUUGCUAUGUUUUUAUGUCA